CUCCUGUACGAACCCUGGACAGCCCAAGCAUGUCAGACAGUGACCUAGGUGAGGAUGAAGGGCUGACCUCCCUGGAUCUAACUCAGGCAGGCAAGAGGAAGAGGAGAGGGAACCUCCCAAAGGAAUCCGUGAAGAUUCUCAGAGACUGGCUGUAUGAACACCGCUUCAAUGCCUACCCCUCAGAACAGGAAAAGCUGAGCCUUUCUGGGCAGACAAGCCUGUCAGUACUACAGAUUUGCAACUGGUUCAUCAAUGCACGACGGCGGCUUCUCCCAGAUAUGCUGAGGAAGGACGGCAAGGACCCCAACCGUUACACCAUUUCCCGCCGUGGUGGCAAAGCGUCUGAUGUGGCCGUGCCACGGGGUUCAAGUCCCACCCUGAUGGCACCAGGGUCCACUCCAGCCCCUUCCAAAGUGCUGUCCCUGUCUGUAUGCUCCUCUGCACUCUCUUCUUCUGCAUCUCCAGUGGGGGCUCACCUACCUGGCCCUGGGGCUGAGAAUGAAAGUCCACCACCCCCUUCUUUGGUUAACGGGGAGCCACAGCCCCUGCCGGGCCCUGGCGGCACACUCACCCUGCUGGCCAGGGCACAGGCUGGAAGCCCAACCAGUGGACUAUUUAACACACCACCCCCCACGCCCCCAGAGCACUAUGGAGAUGACUUUAGCAGCUUCCAGUUGCUGGUGGAAGUGGCUCUACAGAAAGCAGCUGAGCUUGAGUCACAGAAAAAAGAUCUGUACCCUCCUUCGUGGCAUGCUGAGCUCCCUUUGGUAGCCAGUAACACUAAGUAGUCCUUGAAAGGGCCUUCAGGACUUGGUAGGAGACAGUUGCUCCUCUUUGUUUUUCUGUUUAUUGUGUUGUUUGGGGUCUUUCUUUUACCUUUCAGGGUCUCUGCCACCUGUUGGGAUGGCUCUCUCUGCCCAGACAGGUUCUCCCAGUGAACACUUGGGUGUUUCACACUGUGAUCCAGGCCUCCUCUUAUCUCUCACCUGCUCUACUCCCAAUACUGGGGUCAUCUGCAGGCUGGGAGAAGUUGGACCAAGAAAUCUGAGACAUGUGUUGAGGUCAUCUCCUGCACCUCUGGCUCCGGGAAUAUGAUGCUUCUAUCUCUUAAGAAUUCCCAUUUUGUCAUAGUUCUGCCCUUGGGCACCCUACUGACUGCUCCAGCCUAGUUUCUCCCUAAAUCCACUCUGCCAAACAGGACCGUGUACAGGGCCUGGGAUUAUCCUAUCCCCAGCCCUUUUUUCAUCUCUACUGACGAAGGUCUAUUGAACUGGCAAGACUACAGAGAUAGAAACAAAGAAGGGAAAACACUGUCUUGGGGGAUCAGUAACCAGGUCCAGGAAAAAAAAAUCCAGAGGGUUUUUUUAUUUCUUUUGAAGAAAAUACCUUGUUAAGUGUUCUUUUUGUUUGUUUGGCUUGGUGUUUUUGCUCCUAUGUCCUGUGUCUUUUGCUGAGACAAAAAGAGUAAAAGACCUGGAAGACAGAAACCAGGUAGCUAGAGUAAACCAAAUGACAUGGGGCUGCGGAGCUGGUGAAUACUGUUUAGCCUUACUUCUUGGCAAGAAGGGAUAAAGGAUCUCUUGAGAUGGGGGACUUUUAAAAAUUUCGUUUAAAAAAAUUUAAUACCUUGACUUAUAAGGUAGUCAUUGUCCUCGAAACUUGGGCUAAAGUGGAAAGUGUUGCUUUCCCCUACCCCCAUCCCUCCCCCCGCCCCCAAAAAAAAUUCUGGGUCAUCUAGUGGUUGGUCUGGUUACUACUCCAUAAUACUUUCUUUUGAAUCCAGUUUGGUCAGCUUUUCCCACACCCCAAUGUAGUUAUAGCUGAUCAGGUCGGUGGGACCUGGGGAGCAGAAGGCUGGGCAGAAGAUGGAGGUUAAAUUUGGAAAUUAUAAUAUGGUAGAGUGGUUACAGAUCAGUGUUGCACCUUUUCUUCUGAAUUCUAGAUGCAGGGGCUUUGGCCUACUGAGCACCUCUGAAAUAGGUCACUGUUAGUCUUACUGAUUUCUUCCCCUUCCCCCCCAUUUUAAUUUUUUUUAAAUAUUGCUAUUUCAUGGUUUACUAUGUUAAAUAGCAAUAGGUGCCAGCUUAUAUGUAUCAAAAAACACUAAUCCUAGGUUUAGACUGAGUAUUCUUUUGUAUGAAUAAUAUUAAUGUCAGUAGAAGAAGAUGGGAGGGAGCACUUCUCAACCCACUGUACCUUAGAGAGAUGGGAUGGAUGGGGUGAUGUCUGAGUGGAGUGAGACAUUGAGGAGCAGGUAGGGAAGAGACCCAUGGAGUCCUCCUGUUUCUCCUACUUCUUGAGCCAGACUUCCCCCUCCCAUCACUGACACAUUCCUUGUCUCUUUCCCAAACCCAGUUUCUAGCUUGGCUCUGAUUUCUGUAAGCCUGGAUUCAGUUUAAAUAACAUCACAGAACUCCAGUGCUGGGGCCACCGAGAAAGAUUGUUGGGGAAGGGGAGAGGGAGAAUGGCUUCCACAGUGCACUAUGCAAUGGGGGUGGGAGUCAUGCUGCUGGGCCCUGUUAGUCAUCUCUUGGGAUGAUGGGGGAAGCUGUGGUUGGGUAAGUUGGACUAUGUCUGGGUUUGAUUCUAUGUCUAAAGUGUGAGGGAGAGAAACAGCUCUCCAAUUGAACUGAGGAAAAAAAAGCUACUGUAAAUAACUUGUUGGAAUUUUUUUUUUUGUCAAAUAAAAGAUUUUUUUAAAAAUGCAAACUG